UUUUUUAAACUUUUUUUCCCUCUUUUCUUUUUCUUCCAAUUUUAAAAGAGAUCUGAAACCUGACAACAUGCUGAUUUCCAAUGAGGGCCAUAUUAAAUUGACUGAUUUUGGUUUAUGUGAAGUCACCAUUAAUACAACUAAAAUGAACCAAGAAGUGUUUCAUUGUUCAAAUAGUCAAGAAUGGUUGGAGAAAUGCCACCUGACGCCUGGCCAGAUUCUUUCCCUGACAAGUUCUUUGGGUUUUUCUGCACAGAAGUCUAAAAUGAAGUCCUCCAUGCAAGAAGGAAAUGAUGAAGUGAGCAUCAUCAGUUCACCAGUUAACGAUUGUGGUUUUCACAAAGAUUGCUCCAUCACUGCUGCUGCUCAAAAGUUCCAUGAGGUACUACCUGUGUGUCGACUCAAAGACAUUAUAAGCCCCCACAACUGUCCUGCAAAACAAGCUUCUCCACCGAACAGCAGUCAGUCUGGGAAUAUUUUUUCUGACAGUAGACAGGAAGAGUUCAGUGACAGUGUGUUUCUGAGUACCUGCAGCAGUUUUGAUGAAACUGCUUCACCUGUACAAGUAAACAACACAAAGUCUUCUGAUUUUAAUCCUGCUUCUGAAUUAAAACAGGACCACAACUCAAAUAAAGCUCUGUCAGAUUCCUUUGUCUCUUCCCAGAGUGAAACUAAUGUUUCACUGCCUGACAGAAAAUGUUGUAAUCCCUCUUCACUGCCAGUUAAUUCUGUGCUGCACAACACUGAAUGUUCACAAGGAAACAUCCUACAGAGUAUACCACUGUCAAGGAAAAGGAAAUCUUUCCAUCGUGAUACUUCACCAGAACUAAUUUCGGAUCAUUGCAGAGCACCUGAGAAUGGAUUGGAAAUUGAUAGUGUGCCUUUGAAGACCUUGCAGAAUAAAGUACGCUUUUCCCACUUAAACAGCACACCUGUCAGUGCUAGAUCUACUUCUGCUAGUGAUUCAUCAAGAAACAAUCUUAAGAAGAUCAACUCAAAAAUGAGACAAUCUAAAAAAAGUAACACAUUUCGGAGCAGAUUGAGAAAGGCUUUUGAACACAUCCAGAAUAAUGAAGGUUCUAUACAAGGCAAGACCAACCUCACUCAACAGAUGGACUGUUUUUCUCCAUUCAGCGAGUCUUCAAGAGUGAAAAGACCUAAAUGUGUAAAGUCCUUAGAAUCUGAUGUUGGUGAGGAAUCGCACAUCAGUGUAAACAAGACAAGAGAAACACACAGCGAUGUUGAACUGGGGCUUCAGAAGAGAUUGCAGUUUAAUGAAUCUCCAUUAAUAUUUCACCACCAUAGUUGGGCCUCCCUUGGUGCCACAAGUCAAAAUUCUAUCUUGACAGAUACAUCUAGAAAUUUAGAUGAUUCAAACACAUCAAAUUCUUUUAAGACUUGUGAGUCAAAAACAUUUUUUUCUAAUUCAAAUACUGGUGAUUCAUGUACUUCAUCUACACGGAAUUGGCACAAGCUAGAAGCUCUUGUCACUCCUCUUACAUCAAAGAACCAUGUUCAGACAGGCCAAGUUCAGAGUUGUCAAACUAAAAGCAAUUCCCACAGAGUGCAACGAUUCACAAACUCAGACAUUCAUUUUCGAACUCCUGAACUGAGGAAUCUCAAAUCGAGACUGUCAGUUCGAACCCCGCAUGAUGUUGAAACCCAUGGGGAAACAACUCCUUUACGAACACCUAAGAGUGUGCGACGGUAUCGCAGCCAACCUAGAAAACAUCGUGUUUUAGGCACCCCUGAUUAUUUAGCACCAGAGAUUCUCAUGCAGCAAAAACAUGAUGAAGCUGUUGAUUGGUGGGCUCUUGGUGUAUGUAUGUUUGAAUUUCUCACUGGUGUGCCACCAUUUAAUGAUUCAACACCUGAAAGUGUAUUUCAAAAUAUCCUCAAUCGAGAUAUUCCUUGGCCUGAAGGAGAUGAGGUAUUAUCAGAAGAAGCCUGUGCUGCCAUUCAGAGCCUUUUAACCAUGAAUCCUGAUAAAAGACCUCGAGCAAUUGGUGUUAAAAACAUGAAGAUUUUUGAGAAUGUGGCUUGGGAGAAACUACUUGAACAGCCAGCUCCCUUCCAACCACAACCAAGCGAUGAGACAGACACAACAUAUUUUGAAGUGAGAAACAACUUACAGAAUUUGGUUGUAUCAUCGGUGGACCUUUGAAAUCCCUGACCUGGCACCAACACAAGUAACCUGUUCUGGAAUAUUUAUGGUAAAAUCCUGUGUAAAAUAAAUGUACAAAACAAGAACAGAAGAAAUGCCUAAUGGUGGACAGUAUUUUGCCAAAAUAUCCUUCUUUUGGGUGUGUUUUUCAUAAUUUCCUUUAAAAUGAAUUUUUGUAAAAUGAAAGAACAUUGAAAAUUGAUUCUUCUUCUUUUCACAAAAUUUUCUAUCUGUGAUAGGUUUGAUUUUUAUAAUUUUGUAAUUCUGACAAAUAUGGAACCAGGGUAAGGAACAUGUGUAAGGAACUGCUUCAUAAAUGUUGUCAACUAACUUUUCUUUAUAUAAGCAGGCUAUUGUAUGCACGUGUGUAUCAUAUAGAUAGACAGAUAGACAGAUAGAUGUAUACAUACAUAUGCAAAUUAUAUUAAUAUCAAUUCAAUUCAAUAAUUAGCAUAUUAUACAAAAAUACUUAUUAGAAAAAAAAAAAAAACAGUAGUACAAGCUGAUUUUAUGCUGCCAGUGAGAAUUUGCAGUGAGCUUAAUGCUUUGUGAGUAGAUUAGAAGUGAGGGCAAGCAUCUUGUGUUCAAGUUUAUAAUCAUAAACUAAUUCAUUUAAGCUUUGCUUAUAUCUAUCUUCUCCGAUAUAACAUCUCUUUUAUUUUUACUUCAAAUGAUUUCUGUUUAAAGCAUUGAAUUUAAAUGCUUUCUAUUUUAUUUUACAUUUUGUUUUUCUUUUUGUUGUUUUUUUUUAUGUUCAAUUUAGGACUGAUGUGAAAUUGCAAAUUAAAGAAAAUCUAGCAUUUGUUUCCCCUUAAUUCACCCCUCUUCAUCUAAGAAAAUACAUUAAGUUUGACAGAAGUCUCUUUUCUAGUUCCAUCCCUUCUCAGGCCAUAUAUGCAUUUCUUUUAAUAGUUCUGCAGUUUUCUCUGGCAGUAUUUGUGGGUAAGAGACAAUUUCUUGCAUUUCGACAUGGCUGUUGCUUUACUCUCUUUUGCAAAUAGUGUUUCUUUGUUAUUGUUUAUUGUAUUUUAUUUAUCAUUAUUAUCAUUAUUAUUAUUUGAUUGUUGCAAGGAGAGUGUGCACUUGAGGACUUAGUGAUCAUUUCUACUACUCGUGUUGAGGGAGUUUUAUAAUAUAGAACGUAUUGAUUUAAAAACUAUUCAAGUGAGGUACAUCAUUCCUAAUGUUUGUUGACAACAAAAUUUUUUUUUGUUCUUGUCUUUUUUGUCUCUUGCAGACACCAUGUUAUGUUUUUAAUAAUAUCAAUUAAGAAUCCAACUAACAUUAUGAUUUUGUUUGUUGUUCGUAGAAGUAAUAAUGUGAGAGAAAUCUAGUAGAAUAGCUGAGUAAAUGCUGUUAUUGUAAAUAUGAGAAUGUGAGCCAUGGUCUAAAUAAUGUUCUUGAAAAUGUAGCAGAAAAACAAACUAAAUAUUGUUGUAAAUGUAGUGAGUAGUGUUUCUUCAAAUGCAUGGUAGAGCCCCUCACUAAAUCUCUGGUACUUAGUUAUAUCGACAACUUUCUAUUGUCAAUAUUUUUGUAAACAGCCUUAGGGCACCGAGCUGGCAGAAACAUUAGCACACCGGGCGAAAUGCUUGGUGGUAUUUCGUCUGUCUUUAUGUUCUGAGUUCAAAUUCCACCAAAGUCAACUUUGCCUUUCAUCCUUUCGGGGUCGAUAAAUUAAGUACCAGUUAUGUACUGGGGUUGAUCUAAUCGACUGGCCCCCUCCCCCAAAAUUUUGGGCCUUGUGCCUAGAGUAGAAAAGAAUAUUUUCACUGCAUAAGGGCAGCGAGCUGGCAGAAUCAUUAGCGUGCCGGGUGAAAUGCUUAACAGUACUUUGUCUGCCAUUACAUUCUGAGUUCAAAUUCCACCAAGGUCGACUUUGCCUUUCAUCCUUUCGGGGCGAUUAAAUAAGUAUCAGUUACGCACUGGGGUCGAUGUAAUCAACUUAAUCCCUUUGUCUGUCCCUGUUUGUCCCCUCUGUGUUUAGCCCCCUUGUGGGCAAUAAAGAAAUAAGUAUUUUUGUAAAAAGCCUGCCUAGAUAUGUUUCAGUCUAGUUUAUAACUUAAUUUAUUGC